AUGGCCGAUAAAUUGCUGAAAGAUUACACGACACCAUAUGCACGAGGGGUCCAGUCCAGUAUCACCCGACCACCCAUCGAUGCUGACAACUUUGAGAUCAAGCCCGCAGUAAUCCACAUGGUCCAGCGAAAUCAAUUCGGAGGGGAGCCACACGAAGACUCGAAUCAUCAUCUAGAGUUGUUCUAUGAAAUAUGUGGCACGAUGAUGGUGAAUGAGGUUCCUCCAAUAUCGGUGAGACUGCUUCUUUUCGGAUUCUCUCUGAAAGACAGGGCCAAGCAGUGGCUGAAUUCUCUACCAGCAGAUAGCAUAUCGUCUUGGGAGAAAUGUGAGCAGAAGUUCUUAGACAAGUUCUACCCCCUAAGCAAGACCGCCCACAUGAGGAACCUGAUUGCUAGUUUCAAGCAGAUAGACUCAGAAUCCCUAUUUGAAGCCUGUGACCGGUUCAAGAGCAUGCAAAGACAGUGCCCGCAUCAUGGCCUUGAGAAGUGGCUGGUUCUACACACCUUCUAUAACGGAAUAAAUUAUCACACAAAGGUAUCAUUGGAUUCUACGACAGGAGGAGCAUUGAUGAACAAAAGCCUUGAUGAAGCUGAAGAGAUAAUAGAAAAUGUGGCACUAAACCACCAUCAGUGGACGUCUGAAAGAUCUAGUGGUGCUUUCUCAGGAAAUCAGAUGAAGGUGUCACGAAAAUUUGAGGUGGAUGCAUUCACACUCAUGUCUGCGAAGCUGGACGCCCUGACUAAGAAAUUUGAAGCCAUGGGUAGCAACAUAGCUAAUGCAAUAGUCCGUGCUUGCGACAUCUGCGGAAGUGCGGACCACGCUCAAGAUUCUUGCCCCCUUGGGCCAAUGCAGGCACAGAUAAACCAGCUUAAGCAAUGCAAUGCAAUAACAGGCUACAAUCAGAGGCAAAACAAUCCGUACUCCAACACAUACAACCCUGGAUGGAGGAACCACCCCAACUUUGCAUACCAAAAUAAUCAGGACCAGGGGCCGGCACAUCAGACCUACCAACAUAGACAGCAGGCUCAUCAACAGCAGCAACCUACACAGCUGUCUAGGAGUGAAAGGAUGGUUAAGAAAGCUCUCUCAGAGCAAAAGGAGAUGAGGGGCGAGAUCAAGCAACUGACUCAAAGGCUGGAGAACUCAGAAAAACACCAGAAGAUGCAAGAUAGCCAGAUAGCUCUGUCCGUCUCAAGAGCACAAGGUACAUUCCCAGGGAAACCAGAUUUAAAUCCAGUGGAACAUUGCAAUUGCAUUGAGAUGCAGAGCGGACGUACUGUGGGAAACCCUCAAAUCAUUACUCAGAGGGAGGUUGACUCAGAAAAGGAGCCCACUCUCCUAAUGCCCAAUCAGACUCAAAACAGGGAUGGAGAAGAGGGUACUAAAAAGAUUAGAGAAGCUUGUCAGACUAUCACAUAG